GCAAUCGAAUUUGCAUCUAUCUCUAUCAUGUGAUGCCUAGAAAAACAAAUUCUACUACAAUACUUUUGACCACUGUGUUGAAUAACCUUUUCUAUAAUCGAAUUCCCACCUUUACAAUCUUUUUGUUCGCACGAUUGUGAUGUCGAUCAAUUAAAUAGCUAUGCUAACUAAACUAAACUAAAGAAAGAAAGAAAAAAAAAAGGGUGAUCCUGUAUCUUUAUUCAAUAGGUUGCACUAAUUUUCUAGAAAAUUCUUUCUUUGAAUACAACUUAGACUAAUCCAAAAAGUUUUUGUCUCAUUAUUUUUCUUACCCACUCCCUUUUUAUAUAUAAUCUUACAUAGAAGGCCAGUAUCACAUUCCCAUUUCUUCAUUCUUCGACACAAGCAUAGAGUUUUCAUUAGUUCAGCAUGGCAGAUGAUCAAGUUGCCGAGUUUCGGGAAGUGUUUUGCUUGAGCGAUAAAGAUUCAGAUGGCUUCAUUACCAUGGAAGAGCUGGCAUCAGUGAUCCAGACAUUAGAUGAUGCAAACCCUAUAAAAGAAGAUCAAAACAUGAUGAUGAUGAUGGUGAUUAACGAGGCUGAUGAUAUUGAAAGAAAAGGGAAGAUUGACUCUGUAGAUUUCGUGAAUAUUAUGGCUAGAAAAAUGCAGGAAAAUGAGGUGGAUGAGCUAAAAGAAGCUUUCAAAGUAUUCGACCGGGAUCAAGAUGGAUUUAUAUCAGCAAAUGAGUUAAGACAAGUAAUGAUGAACAUGGGAGAAAGACUGACAAUGGAAGAAGCAGAACAGAUGAUCAGAGAAGCCGACUUAGAUGGUGAUGGAGUUGUGAGCUUUGAUGAGUUUGCAAGGAUGAUGAUGGUGACCUUAUGAAACUCUUUCAUGGAUUUGCUUUCUUUGUCGGAUAUGUCCCCUUCAUAGCCACCUAUUGUCAGAUUGCAAAUAACUGUAACCCUUAGAUAGAUGGUGAUACAUUUAAUAAAUAACAUCUAUACUUCGAGCCUAA